CCAGAUUGGAACCCUCCAACUCAGACACAGUCACCACCCUGUCCCCUCGUCUUCCUCGGCCCUCGCUUCGUUCUCCGCGGGAGCCGGCGAGCCGCCGCCCCACUCACUCUCUCUCCCCCCGUCCACCGCACGCCUCCGCCACGCCAUUCCCAUAUGCUCUUCUCCGGCGAGGGCAACAGAGCAUGAUUCUGUGGCAAGGUUGAAUGGCGGUGAGUUAGGGAUAUACGAGACUGUGCGGAGCAGGGGUUAUUAAUAAAUUGUGCAAGAGGCGAGCCUUGGCCGAGAUGGAUGCCGUUGUUGAUGUUGCCGAUGCUAUGGGCGCUGUGACUAUAGAGAACGGGGCGAAGCUGGAGUUGCCUGACAGUGUAGAGGAGCGCGGCGAAGAGCAUGAUGCGCAGGCCAACAGAGACCAUUCAGGGGAGAGUGAGGUGAUCAACCCGCACGAAGAGGCAGGUGGAGAAGCCACCUCACAGCCAGAAGGGAGGAAGAUCGGCCGUUCCAAGGGAGCUGCAAGUCAUGGUCCUAAGGUUGCAAAGACAAGGAGCCCAAAGAGUGGAGAUGAAGGUCUAGCAAGGAGAAGCACCCCUAGUUCCUCUCUUCGUAAGGCACCCAUUGCGCGAGUAUCGCAUGCAGACUCAGGCACUGGCUCUUGUACCAAUGGUGAUCCGAGUGUCGAUAAGAAAAAAUCUGGAAAGAUCGAGUCUCGUCCGUCUGCCAAGGAGACAUCAUUGCUCGAGGACGCAAAAUCCAGGGAGGGAAGUAAAGCUCAAAAGCAAUCAGACCAGCAUUCUUCCAUCAGAAGAGAUGAAGAAGAUUUAAAUAGUGAAAGUUCAAAAGCUCGAAGGGCUGGCAGCACUCCUGCCUAUGGAUUCAGUUUCAAGUGUGAUGAGAGAGCUGAAAAAAGAAGAGAGUUCUACUCAAAGCUUGAGGAGAAGAUUCACGCAAGAGAGAUGGAAAUAAGCAAUAUGCAAGCUAAAUCGAAGGAGACUGAAGAAGCUGAACUCAAAAUGCUGAGAAAAAGCUUAAAGUUCAAGGCAACGCCGAUGCCAAGCUUCUCCCCACCACCAAAGGUUGAACUGAAAAAGAUUCCUCCCACUAGAGCUAAAUCACCAAAGCUUGGCCGUUCCAAGAACAAAUCUGGGCUGGAGGCUGAAGAAAGUACCACCCCAAGCCAUCCUAUCCGUGUGAGCCUUGAUGAGAAGGCUACUCAAAAUGGUGCGAAGAAAGUAACCCCAUCAAACUCAGUGAAGAAGCCCCAGAGGAAGUCACUCCCGAAAUUGCCAUCAGAGGCAAGUGGCCCACUUGAGGCCACACAGCCAAAAAGCAUGGAGGACCUAAACACAGAUAAUCAUCAGGAGUCAGGGUCGCCAGCAAAGCAGCUUCAGGAAACCGAGUCGAUCGCCAGCAACGCCCAGGAGCCGAUCCGAGCUAAAGUUACCCCCGACGACCAAGAACUCGACGAACAGGCAUCCGUGUAGCAACGGCCAUGGUGACCAAAUCCUUCGAUUUUGUGAUGGCAGGUGUGCAUGCCUCUGGCUUUGUCGCGUAUUGUGCCAUAUUUCGAUAGUGUAUCUAGUGGCCUGUGUUCUAUAAUAUAAACCAACGCUUGUCUCGUCUUUGUUGAGUCUAGCAUCUGUGUUGCUUCUGUUCAUAAUCGUAAGCGAGGCUCCAGUGUCGUGUGCAACUGCAAAUAGUUUUGCCCUAUUUUCUACUGCUGCUGCUAUUGGUCCAGAUGAA